AUGCCCACUGACCCGUGGAGUAUGUGUACAGUGAGACAAGUAGAGGAAUUGAAAGCUAUAAUCAAAGUUCUUCCUAUUUGGUCCACUUGUAUCAUAUUUGCAACAACCAUAAGCCAACAAUCAAUUUCUGUGGUACAAGCAAGGACCAUGAACAGGGUGGUGUUCCAUACGGACAUUCCAUCAACCAACUUCAGUGCAUGCAUAAUCAUUACUUUAACCAUAUGGGUGGCUAUUUAUGACCGAAUUCUGGUUCCCAUGUUCCCAAAGUGGCGAGGACUCAGUGUUAAGCAACGAAUGGGAUUUGGAAUAGCUAUCUCAUGCUUGGCCACUGCAGUGGCAGCAUGGGUAGAGAAGAAAAGAAGGGAUGAAGCAAUAAGGGAAGGGUUUAUAGACAACCCAAAAGGAGUUGUGAACAUGUCUGCUUUGUGGUUAGUGCCUCAAUACUGCUUAUAUGGUUUAGCAGAGGGUUUGAACAUCAUUGGACAAAUAGAGUUCUAUUACACCCAGUUUCCUAGGACAAUGUCAAGCAUUGCUGUUUCCCUAUGCACCUUUGGCUUUGGGGUAGGAAACCUUGUCGGAAGCCUUAUUGUGAUGGCUGUGGGAGAGGGAACAGGGAAAGGAGGAAAAGCUGGCUGGCUAGCAUCAAACAUCAACAUGGGCCACUAUGACUACUACUAUGCCCUUCUUCUCCUUCUGAGUUUGGUUAAUUUAUUAUGCUUCUUAGCAUUUAGUGUAGCUUAUGGGAGCACUCAGGAUAUUAAAAACUGGGAUCAAGAUUUUACUUCAGACAAAGAGAUCGACGACAAAUGA